CACCUCCACUAGACUCGCACCGGCCGGUCCGUAAUGACAAUCAGCCGCAACUUGAACUACUAGCGCUCGAAUCAAUGACGUACAUAUGCCGCAACGCACAAAUACUAUUAGGGUCACUGUUGCUUAUGGCGCCCGAGACCUGGCAGAACGUUCUUCAAACUCACGUAUAUCCGUUAUCUCUGGGCACCGCAUGAACAGAAAUUUCCAGAGUCGGCACAAGGAGAUAACAUCGUGUCGUUACCUUGAAACCCUCUUUGGUUACCUAUGGCAUCGCAUUUCAUCACCCUUAAUAACGGCCAGACCAUCCCUGCUGUCGGGCUCGGAACAUGGCAAUCGAAACCUAAUGAAGUUGCUCGUGCUGUAGAAUGUGCGUUGAAGGCAGGCUAUAGACACAUCGACUGUGCUUGGGCGUACGGGAACGAAAAGGAAGUCGGCGAGGGCCUGCGUGCAUCGGGAGUUCCGCGGGAGGAAGUGUUUAUCACCAGCAAGCUUUGGGGUACAUACCAUAGACGUGUUGAGGACUGCCUCGACCAGACACUCGCAAACUUGGGAACAACAUAUCUUGACCUUUAUCUUGUGCACUGGCCUGUUGCGAUGAACCCUAACGGGAAUCACCCUGUCAUGCCAAUGCGCCCGAACGGAAACCGUGACAUCGAUGAAUCCCGGGACAUCAGGGAUACAUGGAAGGGUAUGGAGGCCAUGGUAAAGAAGGGUAAAGCAAAAGCAAUUGGCGCAUCAAACUUCUCCCAGGCGGUGCUCGAGAAGAUUUUGCCCAUAGCUGAGAUCAUACCGGCUGUUAAUCAGCUCGAAAUUCAUCUGUACAAUCCACAGCUCGAACUUCUUGAUUACUUGAAGUCGAAGAAUAUUGUUCCACAAGCGUACUCACCCCUUGGUUCGACCAACUCUCCACUGUUGACCGAUGAGUGUGCGACAGAGAUUGCAAAGAAGCGUGGCCUUAAGAGCACGUCCGAUGUCCUUCUAGGUUACCUGCUGGCCAAGGAUAUCGUUGUCCUUCCCAAAUCAGUAACACCAUCCCGUAUCGAGUCUAACUUGACCGGUGCGCUAGAGGCAUAUAGUGCGCUGACACCAGAGGACAUCGAAAUCCUUGACGGAGUAGCUGCGGGUGGUAAGCAGAAGCGUUUUAUCAUGCCUCCUUGGGGUAUCGACCUCGGCUUCGAUAAUUGGCCUGCUUCAACAAAGUGAGCAAUAGGCGCAGUCAAUUGUUGAUAUAUACGAUUGAUGGUAGGUGAAUUGAAGAGCACGACUAUAACAUCUGAAGCAGACAUGGAAA